AUGGCACUUUCUGUAUCUCUGGGUUUUGCUUUGAUCACUUGGGUUACGUUCAUCGGUCUUGAUGCUCAGCAAAUCACAACUAUAGAUUGUGACACAGUCCCUGCAGAACUCACACUGACAGGCUUUUUGGAUGAAUUUACAGGUGUUAUAGAAUGGAUUACAAAUAUCCCACCCAAUGUAGAUUUGAAAUUAGGAGAGUAUCUGUUCCCUGAACACUUAUCGUAUGUGGAGCUGGUGUAUGAGUCUGGAUCUAAUAAUGCAACAGUGAGGACUCGUAAACCACUGGAUGUUGAUACUAUUGAGAGUGUCCAACUCUUUUAUACCAUCGUUUGCCAACGGAUUGGAACGAAUAAUGAGGUAGAGAACAACAGAAACUUAAUCUUGGAAGAUGUUAAUGACAAUUCGCCAGAAUUUCUCCAAUCUCAUUACAGUGCUUCAGUAUCAGAGGUAACUGCAAUAAAUGUCUCAAUUAUAAAAGUGGAAGCUGUGGAUAAAGAUUUUUCUCCUACGUUCAGCACCAUCACUUACAGUCUUUGGGGUCCAAACUCUGAUUACUUUCAUAUAAGGGAAGGAGAUGGAAAUGUCAUGCUGAAAAAAACACUGGAUUACAACAAGGUCAACCUUUUCAAUCUAACAGUCCAAGCAAAGGAAUUAAUGGGAAACAACAGCGAUACUGCAUCGCUAGUAAUUGACGUCCAAGAUUACGAUACAUUGAACCCCUAUUUCGGUCAAUCAGUGUACAAUGGAAACAUCAGUGAAAACCAGGUGGGCCCUCUGGCUAUUCACCCAGAAAAGAUACUGGCUAAAGAUGGAGACACAGGUAUAAAUGAAAAAGUACUUUACAGCAUCAAACGAGUGGAACCCCCGGCCUAUAGCAACCACUUUAUAAUUGAUGCAGACACAGGCGUGUUGGAAGUAAAGAUUGCACUUGACAGAGAAGAAUGUCCAUAUCUCCUUGUGGGCAUUCAGGUAGUGACGGUUUUAGAGUUCAGUGUGUUAAUACUGAAUCUUGAUUUAAUAAAAUAA